AUGGCCUAUCAACAGUCUCAAGGGACGUCAAGUCCAUCCGCGUCAUCCAUCUUCCUCCCCCUUGGGCGACGAGGUUCACGAGCUUCCGUCUCAACUCAGGCUGAACGGGAAAGUCUGAAUGCAGCCCUUGACCAGAUACAUACGGCUGCCUAUCAGUCGGAUUCUCUCACCGUAUUCAAUGAUUUCACUAGCCCUCCAGUUCCGGCCUCCGCGACAGAAGAAAAGAAUCUUUCAGCAGAGCUGCAAGGUGGUUUGAGUGGGUUGUACAGCCGUUUUCGAACUUCUGUAGGAGGAAUGAGAGACAUUGUCAGCGGUGUUGGGAAGGCGUCGGACAAAGGCGCUUCUGACGGACCAGCAAUCAAAAGUCCACCAUCAGAGCGCUCAGUUCCCAAGCUCGCUGGUGAUUCGACAGGUCCCAUGGCUGAGGCUCAGCAAUUCAACCCAAGCUCUUCUCAGGGGUCUAGGCUGCAAUCUCCAACGCCUGGCAGCUCGCAAAACACUCACGAUCUGCCUACAGGGAAAGGUUCGAAGCUCUCCUCGAAACCCGCAAGCGUAUCCUCCAAGGCCUCUGUUUCUCCCUCGCCUGCACUAAAAUCCCCUACCGUACCCUUACCGAAAUCUACCAGCAAUCCAGCAACCGUAGAUCCGACAGUUACUGAACUUCAUGUUAGUGCUGUCAAGGAACCCAUGCAUUACUCAAGCAACACUUCCGUCAAUCUAUCUUCCAGCAGCCUACAGACCAUGGGCUCUACGGGUACUGAGAGAGAGGAGAAUCCUUAUGUUCCUUCGAUGAGUUCGUCCGGUUUCAGCGAGCGACUAACCCACUCACCAGCACUCUCGGCGAAGGCCCACCACCUGCCCAACGAAGGACAUGCGGCAUUAGACUCCAGCAACAAAUCGAAGCUGACAAGUCAACCAUCCGACAGUACAAAGAGACUAGAGCGGCAUACUUCACAUGAUCUCGAGCCUUCAUUGCCUGCGCCGCUGCAAACGACGAAACAUACCAUGCAGGGAGAAGUCGAGGGGACGUCAUCUUCUCAAGAGAGAAUCAGGUCGAACUCCGCCGCCUCUUUCAACCUCGAUCGCGCUUCGGUAACUGCGAGCUCUGGAACGACCAGUGUUUCUCAAUUGCCUAGUAACAGGGCUGGUUCCUUGCAUAAUUCUCAGGGUCCAUCUACAGGCGCAACCUCCUUGUCGCCGAUAGAUGGGAACCCGAAAUUAGGCUCAUCGUCCAAGGCUCCAGCCAAGGAUAAACCCAAGGAUAGACCAGGUAUGACCAGCCUAAGCCGCUUCUCGGCCUAUGGUACGUCCAAAAAUCACUCAACCGAUCCCGCUUUGACGCCUAUAAAUACCGCUGUGGACUCUUUUCCCGGUCAGAACGGACGAAAUAGACGUCCAAAUGCUGGAGGUGAUGGGGUUGUAUCGCAACUCAGGAGCAAGCUACUCAGCAAAGAAUUCUGGAUGCGCGAUGAGAAUGCAAAAGAUUGUUUUCAUUGCGGCGAAACCUUCUCCACAUUUCGACGAAAGCAUCAUUGUCGGACGUGUGGCCAGAUUUUCGACUCCAAGUGUACCCUUUUGAUACCAGGCGACAGGUUCGGUCAACCUGGAUCGAUCCGCGUUUGCAAGCCUUGUGAAGCUAUGAUCAACGGACAUGAUGACGAUUCUUCCGAGUUCUCAGAUAGCGAACAAAGCCCCAUGGUGGUAAAUCCCAGGCUCUCUGAGUUAGGCUUGUUGGGCAAUUAUUCACGAACGUCCGCCGAUGACGAUGACUCGUCGUCUAUAAUUUCUCAAUCCAUCGAGCACGUUAUGAAGACGCCCACGAUGGCGAUACCAGCAACGCGUCGCGCAGGGGAAGGCCAUAACCGCCGUUCAGCCGUGCUUGAAAUCAGCCCAGAGCGACCCUUGGUGAGACCUACGUCGUCAAGAUCCCUCAAAUCAACCCUGAACGGACGCCCGCACGCAAUGGGUCACAAGCGUCAUCACUCUCGCCAACAAUACAUUCGGAAUUUCAAAUCUUUCCAUGAUGAUCGGGCCCCUUUUCAACGGCGAACUGUGGAAGACAACUCCGCGAGAGCUCGAUUGCCUGCGUUUCACAAAGAUAAUAUUAUCGACCCAGACCUUGCCCAGUAUCUCUCUGACGAUGCAUCAAGCGGGGAUGAGCAACCAAAUUUGCUAUCUGCAGUCUCGGAGGGCUCUCUGUCGAAGAGCGGAGGCGACAGCGAAAGGACGACGUUUAGUGGCCUCUUGGCUGCCAUGAAAAAGGGUCGGUCUGCUUUCGGAGAGCGAAGCGCUGCCAGCUUCAUUACCUCUGCGCGUGAUGGAGAUGAAGGUAGUUACGCCAGCUCGAGAGCUGUCAAUUUGCCACGCCCUUCCCGUCGGCGCAAUCUUAGCGUUGCAAGCAGUAUCCACCGCCAUUCUCCCAGAGCGUCGAAGGACAGUGUGUCAAAUCCACAUGAUGCCACAGCUGCCGGUCAUGUCUUUCCGACUGGAGUUACAGCGAGCGGAUUCAAGAUGACCAGAAGCUCAUCUAUGAGAGGAGCGGGGGCUCCCCCGGUAGAGUUGAAUAAAGCUAGCCUGCAACAUGUUCGCAAACUCCUUCGCCAGCUGCUGAAGGAUGCUUCCGUGCCUCACUCUAACAGUUGGGAGACUGCACUUCUGCCUAUCCUCCUCAAAGCUGCCGAUGAAGUCGUUCCAGACGUCCAGAACGGCGAUGACAUGGACAUUCGGCACUAUGUUAAGCUUAAAAAGGUUUUGGGCGGCCGCCCGGGUGACACGUCCUACGUAUCAGGCUUAGUGUUUACCAAGAACCUCGCUCUCAAAAGCAUGCCUCGAAGCAUUCCCCAUCCACGGAUCUUAAUUAUCACUUUCCCUCUUGAAUACGCUCGCCACCAGCAACACUUCAUGAGUUUAGAGCCCGUUAUUCGCCAAGAGCGAGAGUUCCUCGAAAAUCUUGUCAGCCGAAUAGCUGCUUUGCGGCCCAAUUUACUUCUGGUUGAGAAAAAUGUAUCUGGCUUGGCGCUUGAACUGCUAGAAAAAGCCAACAUUGCGACGGCUUACAAUGUCAAAUCGUCCGUGCUUGAAGCCGUCUCUCGGUGUACUCAAACCAGGAUCAUAACCUCUAUGGAUAAACUCGUGACAACUCCAGUGCAUAGUGAUUGUGGCAGCUUCGAUGUCAAGACAUACGUGUACAACGGUCAUAAGAAGACCUAUAUGUACAUCUCCGGUUGUCGCAAAGAGCUUGGUUGCACAAUUGUUCUUCGCGGAGGCGACCAUAAUGUGCUCGCAAAGGUGAAACGGAUAACAGAGUUUAUGGUGUACGUUGUGUAUAAUCUAAGCCUUGAAACGUGCUUGAUGAGAGACGAAUUCGCCCAGAUCCCUACGUCAAUUGAAGAAAGCGCCUCAAAUGCUGCCGACGAAGCGGCCAAUGUUGGGACAUCAUCCACGAUGAUCAAAUCAGAAAACAGGUCUGCUAUCAUACCGCCCUGCUCCCAAGGAGGGUUGGAUGAGAAGAAAAGCGAUCCAGCUUCUAUCUGCAAGACCGCUAUUACAACAGAUGGCACAGAAGUGCCCGAUGACGUUCCCAUGCCGACUUAUUACGAAGAUAUUGUGCGAGAUACUGAGACGAAAAUCCUGUCCGCUUCCCCUUUCGUGAAGUUUGAGCCUCCUUACCUUCUUACACGUGCUCGAGAAAUGGAAAGAAGGCUCGCAUAUUUGAAGCGUCUUCGUGAUCAGGACCUCGGCUCCGAACAAGCUUCAGACGAGAAGGCCAAGUCGCAAAAGUUUAUUCUCAUAACACCUGAAAUGGUUCAUCAAUCUCCACAGAAUGCUCCUCCAAAAGUCAAGGAAGUUCUGCAUGCGGCUCAUGAUGCCGAAUACGACAACGCCCUGCAUCACUUUCAGACUCAAAAGCGUCAAUGGGAAGCAUACAUCUCGGGCGCCUCCGGUCUCUUCGAUCCAUACGCCCAUCAGAAUAUAGUCGUGCUCUUUAGUCUGGUCUGCACUACAACAUCCAUCCCCUGCUCCGGCCCUGAUCUGUUCGCUCUUGAGUACUAUAACGAGCACGGUGACGAUACGAUAUUCGAGCCGGACUGUACUCUUGGACAAUAUGUGGAGGACAUUUGCCAGAACGCCAACGCCAUUUGCACAGCAAAUGGCUGUGAGAAGCGGAUGUUUGAACAUCACCGUCAAUACGUACAUGGAGAGGCUCAGAUAAGCGUAUUUGUUCAGCCCUAUCCAUCAAAAUUGCGAGGUCUUCAGGACACGAUUCUCAUGUGGAGUUGCUGCAAAGUCUGCGGUAAUGAAACACAAGUCUUUCCCAUGUCAGAUAGCACCUGGAAAUAUUCUUUUGGGAAGUAUUUGGAGCUUUCUUUCUACAGCAAGAACUUACACGCUCGCGCUGGUGUCUGCCCUCACGAUCUACAACGUGACCAUCUUCGUUUCUUUGGCUACAAAGACGUUGCUUUGCGGAUUCACUACGACACCAUCAAUUUGCUUGAAAUCAUUGUUCCAAGAACAUGGGUCACCUGGAAAGUGGACAACGACUUGAAACUGAGAAACGAGGUAUACCUCAAGAUAGAACGGCGUCUGAACCGAUUCAUGGGCUCUGUCAAAGCACGGUUGAAGGGGAUCAACGUUGAUAGUGUCGUUCCAAAGUUGGCAGACGCGUGCAAGGCCGAGAUUGAGGUACUGACUAAGAAAGCCAACGAGGACCACGCCGCAUUGAUCAAGCAGCUACAAGACAAAUAUAUUAGCUCGCGAUACUGGGAAGUGACUCCAUUGAAUGAAGUCCUCCGCUCAGUCCAAGAAAAAGUCGUGGAAUGGGAUACUGCCUUUGCUGAUUUUGAGAAAAACUUCUUCCCGUCAGAAAAAGACAUUAGGCGGCUGGCGACUCUGCAAUUGAAGAAGAUUUUCCUUGAUAAGGACUCCUCCGUAACGUCUCUCACGUCAACUGAGGAGCCUCCGACAACGCCGACCGAGGCCGAAAAUGGUCAUGACCAAAUGCCUGAACAACCGCGCCAAAUGCGUCGUAUGACACUGUCACCCGAGAAAGCUCAGGAUGUCCUCGUAUCCGUGGUGGAAGAAGAUUCGGGCAAAAAGAAUGUCCAAGAAGCUGCCUCGUACAAGGAUGAAGCGGCACUACCGUCGUCGCCGAGCCCGGAGGAGAGAGAACAUUCUUUUCCUCCUGCAGCCGAGACAGAUGAGCUGGAGGGCCCCCAGAGCGCUGAAUCCAAUGCUCGAUCGGCUCUGUCGGAGCUGGUAACUCCUUCAACCACGCAAUCUGCCAGCAGCCUGGGCAUCACCGGUGCCAUGUCGGAUGCCGCUGAUUCAGGCAAAGUUUCGCCAGAGCAUCCUUCUACUGAGCAAGGGGACAGCCAAGAUCAAGAUUUGGGUACAGAGUUGCAAAGGCCUACAAGUAUAUUAAAACAACCCACCCCUUCAGGUAUCCCUCGGCUCGCUGAAGGGGUUGUUCGACGCACUGGAAAAGCGACAUCUCCACCACUUCUCCGCGCCCAGUCCCAGCCAUUGCAAGGCCAAAGGGACAGAGCAAAGAUGAAUGUGCCGCUGCGCGGUUUCAGGGCAGGAGCUGCAGGUACUGGCGGCUCAGACAACAUCUCCAGCGCAAACCCGGAAUCCAAAUUUAAACCCUCUGACAGAAAGUUUUCAGACCGGUUCGGCCUCACUGCGCUUAGAAAUUCUCGUUUAGCGCCCGGUCCAUCGCUCAUACCUCGGUCUGUCCCGGGUAGAAAGAAUAGUACCCGUGUGUCGAACUUGGCCAAACAUUUCGAGCAACUGAGCCGCGAAUUCGAGAAGGAGCGCCAGAGAGAAAGACAGCAACGAGCCGCUAAGGGCACACACUCGAGGGCGUACCCCUUGGCAUCGUCAAAGCCGAUUGUGGAAGUCUACAAGAAUGUUAGAGACGCAGUGGAGGAGCGAGAGCCUUCGGGCGAAGGAGAGGACUUCAUGCCUUCGACACCACGUCUUCCGCUCAAUGAGUCGAGCAUAGAGAGCGGCGAAUUGCUGGAGAGAACUUCGGAAGAAGAGCCUAGGGACGAAUCCGUCUCGCAGUGUUCCAUCGCUCAUCCGUCCUCGACUGAGGAUAAAAUCCAAGGCGAUCGCCCAACCGUCUCAGAGGGUGAAGAGGAGAUUCAUAGCGAUGAAGAUCGAGCCAUAGCCGAGGACCUCCACACGACUGACUCGAACGAUGAACUGGCUAAGCUGUCUCCGGAGGACGAACAGCUCGAUCUCAAGGAGCUCCCGAAACAUGAGCGAAGCAACCUCUUGAAAAUGCUAACGAAUUUCUGGUCGGAGCGCUCUGCGAGUGGUUGGACACCUCUCGAUUAUCCCCUUAGCAUGUCCGAUCAUGUGUUCGCAGAUUGCGAUAUCAUUGUGCGAGAAGAUGAGCCUAGCUCCCUGGUUGCAUUCGCGCUUGCCUCAAGCGAUUAUAAAGAGAAGCUAGCCAGUAUUCAGAGACGAUAUGAGCAACUUGACGAAAAGAGGCCGACCUCAAAGGAGGGCUCGGACGCCAUCAAUGAGGCACGAGUUGAACAUGCAUUGCUGAGGUCUACUGGCACUCACCUCAAGUACCAAUUUCAGGAAGGGCAGGCUAAGAUGUUAUGCAAGAUAUUCUAUGCGGAGCAGUUCGAUGCCCUGCGGAAAAAGUGUGGAGUGGCAGAGCGAAUUGUGGAAUCACUGUCUCGUUGCGCUAAAUGGGAUUCCAAAGGGGGCAAGACCAACUCUUUGUUCCUGAAGACCCUGGAUGAUCGGUUCAUUCUGAAAUCACUUUCGCCUAUCGAAACACAGGCAUUUCUCAAGUUUGCUCCGGCGUAUUUCCAGAUCAUGUCUGAAGCGCUAUUCCACGAGCUGCCCUCUGCCAUUGCAAAGAUGUUUGGCUUCUACCAAGUCAUCAUCAAAAAUCCCGCCACAGGAACAGAGUUCAACUGGUUUUUGCUCUUGAUGGAGAAUCUCUUCUACGAUCGAGUGCCGACGCGGAUCUUCGAUCUCAAGGGAUCGAUGAGAAAUCGCAAAGUCCAGAGUACAGGGGAGCGCAACGAAGUGCUCCUGGAUGAGAACAUGGUGGACUUCAUCUAUGAAACACCACUGUUUGCCAGGGAGCACUCGAAGAAGCUCCUGAGCCAGAGCGUUUGGAACGACACCCUCUUCUUGGGUCGCCAAAAUGUUAUGGACUAUUCGUUGAUGAUUGCCAUUGACGAGAGUCGGUCGGAGUUGGUGGUCGGUGUGAUUGAUUGCAUUCGCACGUACACCUGGGACAAAAAGUUGGAAUCAUGGAUCAAGGACCGAGGAUUUGCUGGCGGAGGGAAGAAUCGGCCUACUGUCACGAGUCCCAAGGAAUAUAAGAGUCGAUUCAGAGAGGCAAUGGCUCGAUAUGUGCUUCAAGCACCAAGUUGCUGGCAUCAACUCCAACCAACCCAACCAUAUCGAAAUCCUGCGGAAGCCCAUAUCCAUCACCUACCUCAGGCUCCUCAGAUCAUCGAUGGUGACGAUGUAGAUGCUAAUGGUGAUUCCGGUGGUUCUCAGAGCCAAACUUGA